UCGUAUGCUACUGGAAGACAUGGGGGCUGUGUUUAACAGCUAUUACUGACAGCGCGUCUGCUGAGAGUCCACAUAUCACAAGAAAUAAAACGGAGAGCCCUUUUCAUAUCAAGCUGCCAGGUCAGGCCUGAACAUGGAAUCCAUGCUGAACAAGCUAAAAAGCACUGUCACUAAGGUGACAGCAGAUGUCACCAGCGCUGUCAUGGGCAACCCGGUGACACGGGAGUUUGAGGUUGGACGACAUAUUGCCAGUGGGGGUCCUGGCAUGUGCUGGAGGAUCUACAAUGGCACCAAGAAGUCCACCAAACAGGAAGUGGCGGUGUUUGUGUUUGAUAAGAAGAUGAUUGACAAGUAUCAGAAAUUUGAGAAGGACCAAAUCAUUGAUUCACUGAAAAGAGGAGUGCAACAGCUGACCAGACUGCGUCACCCCCGUCUCCUGACUGUGCAGCAUCCUCUGGAAGAGUCACGAGACUGUCUGGCGUUCUGUACAGAGCCGGUGUUUGCAAGUCUGUCCAAUGUGCUGGGCCAGUGGGACAACCUGCCCAGCCCCGUGCCCAACGACAUCAAGGAGUACAAACUCUAUGAUGUGGAGACCAAGUAUGGCUUGCUACAGAUCUCGGAGGGUUUGUCCUUUCUCCACAGUGGGGUGAAAAUGGUCCAUGGCAAUCUGUGUCCAGAGAACAUCAUCCUCAACAAGAGUGGAGCAUGGAAGAUCAUGGGCUUUGACUUCAGCAUCUCCUCUACAAACCCCUCAGACGCAGAGCCCAAGUACACAUGUAAAGAGUGGGAACCCAACCUCCCUCCACUCUGCCUCCCCAACCCUGAAUACCUGGCACCUGAGUAUAUCCUGUCUGUCAGCUGUGACUCUGCCUCUGACAUGUACUCGCUGGGCGUGGUCAUGCAUGCAAUCUUCAACGAGGGCAAGCCUGUUUUCCAAGUCAACAAGCAUGACAUUUUUAAGAGCUUCAGCAGACAGCUGGACCAGCUGAGCAGCAUGAGUCCAGCACUGCUGAACAAGAUCCCAGACGACGUGCGGGAGCAUGUCAAAAUGCUGCUCAGUGUCACGCCCAAUGUCCGGCCAGAUGCUGACCAGAUGACCAAGAUUCCAUUUUUUGAUGACGUGGGUGCUGUUACUCUUCAGUACUUUGAUUCCCUCUUCCAAAGGGACAACCUACAGAAGUCUCAGUUCUACAAAGGCCUCCCCAAAGUCCUGCCCAAACUACCCAAGAGAGUGGUCGUGUAUCGAAUCUUGCCGGCGUUGACCUCUGAGUUUGUCAACCCGGACAUGGUUCCCUUCGUGCUGCCCAACGUGCUGCUGAUCGCCGAGGAGUGCACCAAGGAGGAGUAUGUUCGUCUCAUCUUGCCUGACCUCACCCCUGUUUUCAAGCAGCAAGAGCCUAUUCAGGCUAGUAAUAUGAUCCUGCUGAUCUUCCUGCAAAAGAUGGACCUGCUACUGACCAAAACACCGCCGGAGGACAUUAAGAACAGCGUGUUGCCUAUGGUCUACAGAGCUCUGGAAGCCCCUUCUGUACAGAUCCAGGAGCUGUGCCUGAACAUCAUCCCGACAUUUGCCAACCUGAUUGACUACCCGUCCAUGAAGAACUCCCUCAUUCCUCGGAUCAAAUCAGCCUGCCUACAGACCUCCUCACUAGCUGUACGAGUGAACUCUCUGGUGUGUCUGGGGAAGAUUUUGGAGUAUCUAGACAAGUGGUAUGUCAUUGAUGAGAUCCUGCCCUUCCUGCAACAGAUCCCCUCUAGAGAACCAGCAGUACUCAUGGGCAUUCUAGGAAUCUAUAAAUGCACCUUCAGCCACAAGAAGCUGGGCAUUCCCAAAGAGCACCUUGCCACCAAGAGCCUGCCCCACCUUGUCUCUCUUAGUAUAGACAACAACCUCAACCUGAAUCAGUUUAACUCGUUCAUGGUGGUUAUACGGGACAUGCUGAGUCGCAUGGAGAAUGAACACAAGACCAAGCUGGAGCAGCUGCAUGUCAUGCAGGAGCAGCAGAGGAGUAUAAACAUUACAAACCCAGGGAACCAAUCCGAGGAGACCAAAAGCCCACCAAGCUCUGGCAACCAGAUUGACGAUAUCUUUGGCAGCACAGGGGUUAAUGGGAAAGAGAAUGGAUCUGCAGCAGCAGCAGCAGCAGCAGCAACAACCUCACAGCCUAAUAGAAUGUCUCUGACUCUAGAGGAGAAACAGCGAUUGGCUAAGGAGCAGGAGCAAGCAGCCAAACUGAGAAGCCAGCAGCCGUUAGCACCACAGACUAUCAAACCAGCCACCACCACCAACUCACAGACUAAGGAUCUGACCAGCAGCCUUCUCAACAACAUGACAUCGCUAAACAGCCUGUCCUUGGCCAACACAGCACGACCAGCCCCAGUGCAGGGCACCACCAUCUCUGCCUUCCCCUCCUCCAGCCCCAUGGUUGGCCCCAUGGGUGCCCCAGUCUCUAAUGGCUUCAACCCACCCAUGGGCUUCCACACAGGAGCCAUGGGGAUGGGCAUACGGCCCACAGGUCCUGGCCUCUAUGGUGGCAUGGCCACCACCACCAGCACCCCAAACUUUGGAGCACUCACACAGAAUCAAGCACCCAUUGGGCAGACAAAUAAAGCCCCCGACUUGUCGGCCUUGGACAAUCUUUUUACACCCAACAAGCCCAAAGUCACCCUCAACCAAAUGGGUCCCACAGCCGCACCUGGACCCAACACCCCUUGGCUCAAUCAGUUCGGUUCAGCCCAGAACGCUCAGACUCAGAUGCAGGGUGCAACAGUAGGUAUGGGAGGGGUACCAAGUGGGUUUGGGAUGCAAGCAAACCCUUUUUUCAGCCCCCAGAACUUUUCUCAACCUGCCGCUGCCCCUAGCAUGAACCAAAGUGGAAUCAAACAUAGUGCAUCUGUCAACAAUGAUCUGAAGGACUUAUUUGGCUAAUUAUAAAUGAAAAGAUGCCAGGUUAAGUAUAUUCUUUUAAUAACUUUGGACAGAAGAGCCUUCAAUUCUCACAGAACAAGACACUGAUUGAAUGUGAAGAUUUAAAAAUCGUUUCAAGGAUGUUGCAGUCUGUGUUUUUAAUCUAACCUGGUUUAAAUUGUGAAUCUUGCUCAACAUCAGCCGGCAAGUCAGCCUGCACCUGAAUUCCAUUUCUACUUGAUCAGAAGGACAAAAAGCUUUGGGAACUACUUCUUCUAUGCUGUGUUCUUUAAGUGCUGGGGGUUUCCUACUGUUUUGUACUUGACAUUCUUGGGAGUCCCAAAGUCAUGGGUUGAGGUGAAUCCCAACUCAGUUUAUUCAGGAAGGUUUCGUGUUCAUAUCAUGAAUGACUGAGUGGAUUGAGUGUAUUUCACUUCCUGAACAAGUUGCAUCAGAAUCACCCUUCAGACGUGGCAGAACAAAGGAUGGAACAAAAAAAAUGGCUUCCAUGCCACGCAUCUGCUCAGUUUCAGGCUUCUGUACCUUUAUCCUUCCUCCCGACUAUUUUAGGAUUUGCUGCAUGUCUAAAGUGAUCAGAGGGUUGGCUUAAAAACAAAUACUGCAUACACCAAAAUGUCUUGAGCCCAGUGGGAGAUAGCUUGAAGUGAAGCACCGACAAGCCUGCAGUCACUGAUCUGCAUCCAGGAGGCUCCUCCGUGGAGACAGUCUGAAAGGGGGUGUAGAAAACCGACAGCCCAGCAGUUGCGGUUUUAGUGGGGCAAACAGAGUAACCCCUCUGCAGUCCGUAUCCAUGGUAACUGUUCCUCUGCAGCACUUCCAUUUUGAGAACAGAAAUUGGACUUAUGAUCCAGUCUGGUCUUCAUUGUUUCCCCCUUUGGACUCUUUCUUUUAGUGUUUUCUUUUUUCUUUUUUUUUUUCUUCCAUCACUUCAUUUGAUGUUUAAGCAAACAUGUUGAAAACAGAAGGGUUAGUUUUGUCUGGUCAAAGUUGCUGACAACCAUUUCACCUCCUUUUAGUAACAAAAAAUGAUCAGUUUCUAUAAAUGCAGUAUGAAUGACUCAUGUGUCUGAUAGUGGCUUAGGAUGUGUGUAGUAGCUAUUACAGCAGUGUCCUUUUUAACAAGACGCUAAUGCAGAAAGCGAUGAAAAAGGACCACAUGCGCUGCUUAGGCUAUUGUGCCUUACAUGGGUACAUGUGUAAAGCCACAGACAGCUUUCAUCUGUAACUCAAGUAUUAAUAUUUUCCCUCUUAAUCCGCUGUCUGAAGUAUGCUUUUCAAAUUACUUGCUUUAUUGCAUGUUACUGAACUUGACCACUUUUUUUCCCCUAAUGAUUCCUAAAUAUUCCAGUGACCAAUGAUGUUUUAUUUCACACAUCCAGCUCCAGGAUUGGCUCUGGUGAGGUUUGUGAAGGAGCUCUGAGUCCUCCAGUGUACCAUUUCUGUUGAUCAAUUUGUACAGUGAAGAAGAUAUCACUAUAUAUUUUGAUUUCAGCACUUUCCAGCUGUCAGAGGAUCUGUGCUGGUGACAUGUUAUGAAGUGUAAAUAUAUAGUUAUUUAAAAAGCUAUUGCUCUGUGAGGGCGUUGGCAUUUCUAUGUUCUUGUGAUAAUGGUUAAGAGGCCUUAGAUGAGUCGUGUGCAAUAAUCCUUAUUGGUUGUUGAGGGUGCAUAUCGAUUGGUUUAAGCAGCUUUCGGUGUGUCCAUACCUUCAUCUCCACUGACUUACAAUAACUAAUAAUAGGACUGUCAGAUUUUCUAAUCUGCUAAACAUCGACGUGUACUCAUUCUAAAUCUUACAUUUUUGAAGGAAAUGACACCAUUUUAGGGUUUUUAGAUGCACCUUGGUCACACUGUGUUUCUGCUGACAAUGAUUGUUGUUAACAUGCUGAAGUGUAACGUCUUUUACUGAAUUAACUUUUGUUUCUGUGUAACAAUGCCACCCAUACAAGGUGAGCUUUCUCUCCGGCCGCAUGGCAGUGUUAACGCGCUUGUGAAUUUGGCUCUUCAGGUUCUGUUCACUUCCUCAUUUAUGUCAUACAUGACUAGAUGACUGUGAUUGGAUCUUUUUUUUAGUCUGUAGAUCAACAUAUACUGUGUGGCAAGUUUUGAUUUGGUCACAAAAUGGGAUGUGAUCUUUGGAGCGUGUGUCACAUAUCCUGGCAGAUCCCCAAAGCAGAAAACUAAAUCUUAUUCUUCUACAAGAUUGUUUGUAUACUACUGCUGUCAUAUAUGUGUAGUGUGGCCCGUGUUUUAUGUGUUAAGGUGCUGGUUU